AUUUAAACGAGAAUAUGGACUUUAAUAACCAGAGGACCUAUUCAGUGCCAAAGUAUGGCACUUCGCCAAUAAAGGCGACUAAUAAGUCAGCCCAGUUAUUUGAGCUGUGUGAUGAGUACUUUGAAAAACUUGAUAAAGAGAAAGUUGAGGAUAAGAUAGACCAAGUUCAAGAUGUGCUUGAAGAGACACCUUCUGGUCUUCCAGAGAUUCCUUCACAGCAUUACACAGAGUACUUUCUUCGCCAAAAGCAUGAGCUUUCGGGCUUGCCUUCUCCUUGAGAUGACCCGAUUGGUUUUGGUGUCUUCAAAAGUAUAUAACCCAAAUCUCCAGACUCUUCAAUCACGAUAUUUUCACCAUCCAAGAAAUCGAUGAAGCCAAAAAUCCUUUUAAGCAGCUAAAUAAAGACAUUUCUUCCGAAAUCAAGCACUUCCAAACAGACCUUGCCAGGCAGCAGAGAGAGAACAGAACGAUGAUGAAGAAAAUAUAGAGGCAGAGACAGCUGCUAAGUCUUCAUUAGAGAACGGAUCUAUGCUACCUACGAAGAAACCUUCCAAAACUGAAUUAGAUUACUUGAAGUCGUCGAUUGAGAAUCUUGAGGUGAAGCAGAUCGCUGAGAGUUGAGUCAAGGUUUACUCUAGAAGGCCAAUUGAGACUCAGAAAAGAGGUUCGAAAGUAGAGUAUGAGUACAAAAUGAUCUUUGAUGAAUCCAUCAGGCUGCCACCCCUCUGGAUUGACCAAGCCACUUUAGAGUUUCUCCAUAAGAACAGGGAGGAAGUCACUAAAAAGACUAAAAAUACUCAGAAAAACCCCAUCCGCAAGAAAAGGGACAAAAAGGGAUAUUCAAAGAAGACUGAGGAUAAGAACACAGAGUAUGGAUUUUGCCACCAGUGAAAGAAGAGCAAGCCAAUCAUGAAUCUCGCUCAAUGCAGUUAUAACUCGGCUAAUUUUGGCCAUGCAAUGCCUAGCUUUAUUAAAGUGAAGAAUAUCAAGGCUUAUAAUGUAGAGCCAUAUAACACUCAGGCUAUAAACUAUGUCAUUAAAACCCAACUGCCGAGUUCUAAAUACAAAGGAGGGAAUAAAGAAAAUGCUGCUGACUCCUCUGGUCAAGAUGAGGAAGAGCCCCAGAUAGAGACCAAAGCAGGACCUCAAAAUAAUGAGAAUUUUGAGUACCAUGAGUGUAACAGAAUGUUCUGCAGUUUCUGACUUAAGUAUAAUUAUGACCUCUCCUUGGAUGACCUUGAAAAGCAUUGGCUGUGACCCUUUUGCAAAGGAGUUUGUGUCUGCACCAGAUGUUCAAGACAAGACCAAAUAGUUCAAAUGAAAGCUCUCCUAUUUGCAGAAGGAGGAAACCUUGAUAAUUUAUAUAAUUCUCGCAACAAGAUUCAUCACAUCAUUGCUGAAAAUUAUUGCAGAUCUGAAAAAUUGAUGUAUGAUAUGACAGAUAAGAACUUCACUCCUCCUUCCCCAAUAAGGCCAGUACGAAGGAGCCCAAAUCUAGAUUUUGCUUGUAAAACUACUGCUUCAGUGGGGCCUAGCCCAGAUUCAUCGCACGAUGACUCUGAUCUACAAGCUCUUGUUACAAAAAGGGAUGAGUUGCUUUCAGAUUUGCGCUCAGCUGUUGAAAUUUCUAAUCAAUUCUCAAAAUCUUCACUGAAAGCACUCUCUGCAAAGCCUACUUCCACAGCUAAAAACAGCUUGGGCCAGGAGAAUCAUGGCCAGGCUAAAUCCAGAUCUAGCAAGGAAACUAGAUCAACCAGGAAGAAUGCCCAUAAAGGAAACAUGAAGUUAAGGAAAAAGAGAUAAGAAGCAGCCAAUCAUUAUUGUAGGAACUGCUUUUAACGACUAUGUUCAUACAUGAUAUCUAAUUCAUCUCUAAAAAGCAGUGACUGAAAUUACUCUAUAGAUCAAAAUUACUUAUAUGCGUUUUACUUUGAAAAGACUCGAAGAGGAUCAGAUUAAGAGCUAAUUGAUCAGGUAAGGAAUUCAC